CUCCCCAUCCUCACGCCCCUCCUUUUCACUGGGAAGAAUUCUUUUUUUUUUAACCAUUCACUUAUAGUUUUCCGUCACAUUGGCUAUUGGGGUGCAAUGUGAGCAGUCGACAAAAUGAUGGGGAUUUAAAAAGUGGGGACCAAAGCUAAAGGGACUCCGCAUAUUUCUCUCUGCAUCACCUCCGCUGCUGGGAGGCUUCAGAGGAUCAUGCAACACCUCAAACCAUGGCGAGCUCUGCUCCUUCUAACCGUGCUGUGCCACCCCGGAACCUCCGAUAGAUACGGUUGCCUGUUUGAGAGGAAACUGUGCACAAGGGACCAGUUCUGCUCUGAUGACGGGCUGUUCGGUCAGUGCCUCAGCUCUAGGCAGGACCUGGUCCAGUACCAGGUUACAGUUCCUGUUCUGAAGAGGAUGCAGGAAGUCCUAAAACAGCUCAUGGUAAAAGGUUUUUCCUGGCAAGAUGACAUCACCCAGUAUAUUUUAUCAAAGGAGCUGAAGAGAGUUCCCCAUACAACCCAUACCUCCAAGCCAAAGUCCUCUUCGUCCUCUUCUGUUUCGUCUCAGUCCAAACAGAACACCCCCCACCCCCACAGUUCUAAGUCUGGGUCUGCACCUCCUGGUGGCAACUAUUUGGACUACAUGAUUGUUGAGCCUCCUCAAACCCCUCUACGUAUGCAGACAGCCUCCAUGGACCCAUACACAUACCACCAGCAUAGAUAUCAAGACGAAGUGGAGAGAUCCCUCAUAGGAGCAGGAAAUGGUUAUGGCCGUCCCUCUUCAAGGUCCCAGGCCAAUCAGAGAGAGCGAGAGCGUGACAGGCAGCUGCUACAGGAAGCCUUUUCUCUCUACAUGGCGUCUGCACAGCCCUCUUAUCGCCACAGAGGGGCCGCUGCCAUAGCUCCUGCAGCUAUACCUUAUUAUGAGGACUUGGAGAUGCCAGUGGACUAUGUAGAAGACUACACCCUAGAGGAGAGACUUGGUACUGCUGGAAGACAGCAACCGCUGCAGAACAAAAAGGUUCCUCAGGACAUCAGCACUCAGUCUGGAACCAAUGAUGGCCUUCUUCAGAGGAUGUCAGGGGUCUUGCAGAGGUACGGAGUGGACCCCAGAGAGCUCAGUCAGGAGCAGCUCUACAAGCUAGCCCUCAUUCUGCAGCUGAUGCAAGCCAAAGAGAAAACAGAACCAAUGGAGAAAGACCUCCUCGCCCUCAAGGAGAUGCAGCUGUUAAAAACAGACAGUGUGGCCCAGAAGCCGGCAAAGCCUGUCCCUGUCCCUGUCCCUGGUCCCCCCGAGGCCCCUCCUGCGCCCUCCUCUGCUUCAGUUUCAGUUACAUCACCAGCCAAGAGCGUCCACCGGCCCCCUUCUACCUCCCAGCGCCCCCAGGCCGCUCCUGCUGAAGCUGGAAAAGACUUGAAGGAGCAAGGGGUGCCACUGGUGGAGGGUACAGGAGCCAAGGAGCAGUAUGGGUACAUCGUCACCAACCAAAGUCCUCUGAGUUUGUAUGAUGGCUUCAAGCUGUUGGAGCUACUGGCUGAUAAGAUACACCUGUCAACCAACAGCUUCAUCAACAUCAGUGUGGUCGGCUCUGCUCUGACGUUUCGUAUCCGCCAGAAUGAACACAACAUGACGGCUGCAGAGGUGGCUGCUAAAGCUGUAUCUGAAAAGAACUUCCUGGAGUCUGAAACAGGCCUGAAGAUUAAACAGACCGGUGUAGGAGAGAGGAUAGAUGCACGGGGUCUCCCUCAGGUAACCAAGGUUUCCCAGGGCUCCAGCGGCACAGUCAUCACCCUUGUUUCCAUGGCAGUCGUCGGAGGCGUGCUGGUAUUGGCUAUGGCUGUAGCUUGUUUCAGGCACCACGCUCAACAAGUGGCCAAUGGCAAGCUUGGACUGGGGCCAGAGGGAGGAGCAGAAACACACUUUGACUACCAGGAGCUAUGUCGGCAGCACAUGGCGUCCAAAUCCUCCUUGUCCCGCCAGGAAUGUAUGGCCGGAGUGAGUGGCGGCCUGGCGGGCUCUGCCAUUGGCACAGGUGCGGGGGGGCGGAGGGGUACGGACACUUCCCGCGUCAGCAGCGUUUCCUCUCAGUUCAGUGACGGUCCCCAACACAGCCCGUCCUCCACCCACAGCUCCACCCCGUCCUGGAGCGAAGAGCCGGCCCAGUCCAACAUGGACAUCUCUACUGGUCACAUGAUACUGGCUUAUAUGGAGGAUCACCUGCGUAAUAAGGACCGUCUCCAGAGGGAGUGGGAGGCUUUGUGCUCAUACCAGGCCGACCCCUGUUCAGUGGCUGUAGCUCAAGCUCCGAGCAACAUGGACAAAAACAGACACGCUGAAUCCAUCCCCUAUGAUCACACUCGGGUGAAGUUGAAGACUGAAGUAAACUCCAAUAAACAAGACUACAUCAACGCCAACCUCAUUUUUGACCAUGACCCUCGCCAGCCAUCUUACAUCGCCACACAGGGACCAAUGGCUCACACUGUCGCUGAUUUCUGGCAGAUGGUGUGGGAGAACGGCUGCACAGUGAUAGUGAUGAUGACGGCUCUGGUGGAAGACGGAGAGAAACAGUGCGAGCGGUACUGGCCUGAUGAGGGCUCAUCACUCUACCACAUCUACGAGGUGAACUUGGUGUCUGAGCACAUCUGGUGUAAGGACUUCCUGGUGCGUAGCUUUUACCUGAAGAACGUCCAGACGCAGGAGACCAGAACCUUGACGCAGUUUCACCUGCUGAGCUGGCCCGCUGACGGCAUCCCCACCUCCACAAGACCACUGUUAGACUUCCGUCGGAAGGUGAAUAAAUGCUACAGAGGUCGUUCCUGCCCAAUCAUCGUUCACUGCGGCGAUGGCACUAGCCGCACUGGCGCGUACAUCCUCAUUGACAUGGUGCUGAACCGCAUGGCCAAGGGAGUGAAGGAGAUUGACAUCGCAGCCGCACUGGAGCACAUCAGAGACCAGAGACCUGGAUUAGUCCGCACCAAGGACCAGUUUGAGUUUGCGCUGACAGCAGUAGCAGAGGAGGUGAAUGCCAUCUUGAAAGCCCUGCCACAGUGAGCUGAAGGCGCAGUGAGGACAUCCAUGGACACAAAAAGAAAUACUCAUAAGGACACACUCGUACGACCCAGCCAUGUUUGUCUGGCCAUCACUGUAUAUUAGAAUUUGCUCCACCACACCUGGAGCUCUUACAGCUCAUGUCUUCAGCAUGCAGUAUUUGACCAUCAACUCAUUUGCUGGGUUUUUAAAACUUUCUGGAAUUUCAUAAAUGAUUUCUUGCAAGAUGUAAAAUAUGGCCAAGAGAUUAAAUGUUAAUCAUGAUCUUUGCUCUCUGGAGAUUCUACCUAAUAAGACACCAAUUAAGCCAGCCAAUGACAAUGACGAGGAAUAAAAAAUACGUGCUAAUAUACUGUGCGCUGACAGGAUAGAAAACACUUCUGAUGAUGGUUUCAAAAACAUAAUAUAUGUGUGACACUGUUUACCGAUCUGACUCCAUCUCGGCCUAAUCCACCCUCUUACUGGGACAUGAUUACCUCAAAUGAUCUAUCAACAUUAACAGAUGAUUUCCAACCAUCACGAAUGGUUUGUUUUGCCGUUGUGUUGAACAUUACAAUUUCCUUGGACUAUUGUUAAAAUAAUGUUGAAUCCCUUUACAAAGUAUCCAUCCGGCUAAAAGGUUUCAAUGGUUUUUAAAUCUCUAAGUGUGUUGUUACGUGUCCACCAGAAUACUGUGUGCUACUGUGUGUUGAUUCCAAGCAGGUUUUUUAUUUGUGAAGCUUGUCUUUGCCAUGGCAACAUGAUUGUUUGCUUUAAACUCUGGUCUCCUUCGAUGAUGUACCUUCCAAGUCCACCAAAGUAACUCUGGGUUCUUCAUCGUCUUACUCUGUGUUCGACCUUGUGAUUUAUGUAAAUAAUUCAUCCUGAUGAUUGUGUUUAUUCAUGUAGCAGACGGACAGAAAAUAUCUAUAAAAAAUGUAUUUUGACUUGAA